GUUGACCUAGCAACCGUUUGUUUACAACCUGUCCUUGAGUUCAUUCAUUGCAGACAAGACGGGCAACAUUGUUGCAACUUUUGACACGAACCAGUGUUUCACACCGCACAGUAAAGACUGAGAGAAUUGCAGUGGAGAAAUGUCUAGGUUGAUGGACCCUCCGCCCAAGUUCCUGCCACCAGAAUGGAGGCUUGUAAACCAAAUACAUUAUGGGAAUGCGGAGGCUGAGCGUUCACGCUCUGUGCGACUCACGGCUGAGAGUAAGAGGCUGAUAGAGGAGAGUGGCAUGGCAGCCAAACGCAUGCAACAGGAUGCCAACAAGAGACUGGAGCAGAGAAUCCAUGACAUCAAAUUCUGGAGGACAGAGCUGGACCAGAAGUUGGAAGAGGUUGUCCAGGAGAUUGAGGUGCUGAUAUCCUAUAAAAGCCGGGUGGAGAGAGCCUUGGAGAGCUGUGCCGAGCCCCUCAGAGUUGCCCUGCAGUGCCUGACUGAACGGCAGAGGCGUGUUUCCAUUGACCUGGUACAUGACGACGUGGAGCGGGAACUGAUGAAGGAAAGGGAGGUGAUCGAGGGAGUGGCAUCCCUGCUGAACCGCACCCUGGAGCAGACCAAUGAACAGAUCAGACUGAACCGCUCUGCAAAGUACUACCUAGAGAAGGACCUACGGGACAAGUUCCAAGCAGAGCAGAUUGAUGGUUUCUGCUCCAUCCUCACAAGCACCUCCCCGAAUAUUGACAACGCGACAAGUCAGACAUCGCUCGCAGCACCAGGUGCCACUGUGACACCAGAGGAGUGGGAGACCUUCUCCAACAUCAACAUCCUCAAAGCAGAGCGCGAGAAGAACAACUCCCUGUCGCUGAGGGCUCUGGUGGACAGCCUCCUGGAGCAGACGGCUGCUGACAUGCGCAGGCAGCACAAGGCUAUGGGCACUGCCCUCCGGCUGCAGGUCCAGGAGACCAAGGCAGCCAAAGGACAACUAGAGGACCACUUGGUAAAGGUUCUGUCAGAGGUGGCCAGCCAGGAGUGUAACCUGGAGGCCCUGCGCGUGGCCAUCGACGACAAAGCAGGUCCCCUGAAGGUGGCCCAGACGCGGCUGUCCGCCCGCAGCCAGAGACCCAGCAUCGAGCUCUGCCAUGACCCGGCCCAGGUCCGCCUGCUCUCAGAGGUCCAGGAGCUCACUGCACACAUCAAGAGACUGCGAGAGGCCCAGGCCCAGUCGGAGAUGGAGCUGCUGGCCCUGACCCGCUCCCAGCUGAUCCUGGAAGAGGAGAUCCAGGUCAAGUCCCACUCUCUCUACAUCGACGAGGUCAUCUGCACCCAGCUCCGCCAGCCCAUCUCCAUCCACAGCUUCUGAAUACCACUCCCACCAUGACAAGCCUGCUCCCUGAUCUCUUUGUGCUGUCUUGCAUCAACAGAUCUGGGACAAGCCUAGACCAUGGCCACAGUGGGGCUCUUUAGAUUAUGCUGACAUACCCAGGCCAGCAUUUUACAUUUGACUGAUAAAUAAAAUAUGAGGUAUACAUUGUGAUGGAAAGUUGGAGUGCUUGUAUUGUUUGCAUCAAUUUUAAUACAAUAUUUGGGUUUGAAGAAAAGCAAGA